CCUCAGGCGCCACCCGGCUUGCUCCUUCGCCCCGGCUGCCACCGCCCAGGGUGCACGUGCCGGCAGCGUGCGCAAGCUGGACGAGGAGGAGGAGGGCCUGCCCUACGUGUGCACCGGCUACGACCUGUAUGUCACCCGCGAGCCCUGCGUCAUGUGUGCCAUGGCCCUCGUGCACGCCCGCAUCCAGCGCGUCUUCUACGGGGCGCCCUCGCCCGACGGCGCCCUGGGCACGCGCUUCCGCGUCCACGCGCGGCCAGACCUCAACCACCGCUUCCAGGUGUUCCGCGGCAUCCUCGAGGACCAGUGCUGCCAGCUGGACCCCGACCCCUAGGCCUGGGGACCUUUCACUUCCAGACUGCUCUCUGCUCCUGGCCAGCCCGCAUCCCCCGCAGCUGCACGGCCUUGGACCCUGGGGCCCCACCCGCUGGGUCUAAGGACCCUGACCACCUGGGUCAGCAUGUGGGGCGCCCUCAACCCGGAAGACAGCGGCGGUCUCUGCCGGCUGCGGCAGCCGUGGGACUCGGCUCUGCGUACAAGCCCCCGUGGUCUUCCAGGCUCGGGGCAGCCAUCGUGUGUGAAAUAAAGCGCCUCAAACCAAGUUCCCGUUUGCACCGAGGUGGGCCCUUCUGCCUGGGUGCCAGGUCAGCCGGUACAGAAAUGGCAGGAAAGGAGAACAACUUCCCACCCCUGCCCCGCUUUGUGCCGCUGAAGCCCUGCUUCUAUCAGGACUUCUCCGACGAGAUCCCCGUGGAGCACCAGGUGCUGGUGAAGAGGAUCUACCGGCUGUGGAUGUUUUACUGUGCCACCCUGGCUGUGAACCUGGUGGCCUGCCUGGCCUGGUGGAUUGCGGGCGGAGCGGGGGUCAACUUUGGCCUGGCCAUGCUCUGGCUGCUUCUCUUCACUCCCUGCAGUUACGUGUGCUGGUUCCGGCCUGCAUACAAGGCCUUCCGAGCUGACAGUUCCUUUAACUUCAUGGCGUUCUUCUUCAUCUUCGGAGCGCAGUUUGUCCUGACCGCCAUCCAGGCCAUCGGCUUCUCAGGCUGGGGCGCAUGUGGCUGGCUGGCAGCCAUUGGAUUCUUUGGGGUCAGUGUUGGUGCAGCUGUGGUCAUGCUGAUCCCGGCCACCUUGUUUUCCUUGUCCGCUGUCGCGAUGGCCAUCACACUUGUGAAGGUGCAUAGGAUCUACCGUGGGGCUGGUGGAAGCCUCCAGAAGGCACAGACAGAGUGGAACACUGGUACCUGGAGGAAUCCCCCAUCCAGGGAGGCCCAGUUUAACAACUUCUCUGGGAGUAGCCUGCCCGAAUACCCCACUGUCCCCAGCUACCCCAGUGGAGGCCAGUGGCCUUAGGCUCUGUCUCCUGCCACCACCCUUGGUCCUGAAACCUGAGCAUCUGCCCGAGAUCCCAGGAGGUCCUCAGCCUGUGUUCACCUCCUGCCCGAGCCACAGCAAACUGCCUUUCUGCUGUUGUCCACUGCCAUUCCACCAGAGCUGGCUGUGACUGCCCCGCUCCCGCCUGUCCAGAGGGUGGCCUCCACCACCAGGCUCCUGUCCUUUGUGUUGCUGACACAUACAGCUGAGCCCCAGAGAGAGCACUUGUGGAUGGAGGCAGGAGCAUGGCUGUUGUGGCUGCAUCCUCAGCUCUACCGUCCAGUCCACCCCUGUGCUCCUCUGGGGACAGGGUCCUGCAGCUUCCUUGUCCCAUCCCUAGUGGCAGGGACAUCCUGCUAUUCCCACCACCAUCCAGGAUCCUGAGUAGACCUCUGCCCACUGAAGGCCCGGAUCCACUGGGUUGGGCUGCUCUGGCUCCAGGAGGCUCCCCCUCUGUCUGCGGGAGGAGAGAGACAGGCUCAGCUGCAUGGCAGGCCCCGCCCUGUCACAGAGGCUAGCCAGGACCAGAGGCCCCUGGUCUGCUGGGAGCAGAGCCAGGGACAGAUUUGUGCCUUAGAGAGAACCCUGUUUCCCCUCAGCCUUCCGCCUUCUCUCCAGGAGAGCCACACUGAGUCUUGGGAUGUCCAUGGCACCCCCCCGAUGACUUUGGACUCAGCGUUCUUCCUUGUGAUGUACUGGUGCCACCAGCCAAGUCACUGCAGUCCCCAGGCCUCCCCACAGGGCUGUGCCCCUCCUAUACCGGUGUCCUGCCAAACUGCCUGCGCACGUGGCCUCUGUUCUGUGCCCAGGAUGCCCAGAGGGGGCCAGGAUAGAGAGUUGUAGGCAGGCGCAGCCUUAGACACUGAAGCCCCAUCUUAGAGUGGCAUGGGUGGAGCCCAGUGCCCACUAGAGGGAACACACCCUCAAGACACCUGCAGCUCUGCCCUGCCCACCCCUGGGUAUGUGUUCCCACAUGCCACAGUUGGUUUUGUUAUGUGAGAACAUUCUGGAAAUAAAUUCUCUUUUCUGCA